UUGGCUGUGAUGGUUUGCGAUGGUGUGUGUCAACGCCUAGUGAUACUUCCAAAUGACAAAGCAAGGGAUAUAAGAAGGACUGGGCAUCACCAACAGCACAACGACGGCCAACACGAAGCAGUAGCUCGAUAAGCAGCCUUACACAUCGACCAAAAAGCCAAAUUUGUCGUACUGUCACCUCGUCGCAAAAUGCUCCAGGCUCCUUUCUUCGCGUUGCUGCUUGCAGCCGUUGUACCGGCCGUUUUGGCGGACGGUCCCCCGGAAACGAUGGGCGAGAAUUUCAGCGGCCUCAGCGUCCUGGACUCGCCCGGCGGACUCCAAAGUUUGACCCCGGCACCCUACACCAAGAGUCAAUGGCCUUGGGGUACUGUACCCAAGCUGUGCUAUGACACGGCUGUCAACAACAAGUACUGCAACCCGUACGAUCUCGAAGUGUACGAUGUCACAUACUCGGAUUGUCCCAUUCCCACCACGGUCUGCCGAUGCAACAACUCGCCCAUGGCCAUCGACACCAUUGCGCAGCGUGUCGGCCAACUCCCCGUCAAGGCUCGCCAGUGGAACGGCUAUGUCUCCAGCUUUGCGGGAGACAUCUGCUCAGCCUACAGCGAUAGCUUCCACAACUACUUCUUUGGCGACUGCGGCAAUAGCGAGUCCGUGUUCUUCCAUGAACUCAGCCACAACCUUGACCGUCACGUUGCCGGGGCGUCCAUCAACGAUUGGUACUCCCUUUCGCAGAACUGGAAGGAUACGGUUACCAAGGGAACUUGCGUCGCAGACCACUAUUCCAAGUCCAGCUGGCUCGAGGCAUAUGCCCAGGUGGGAGUCAUGGCUGGAUACCAUGGUACGGUACAGUCUAUCUAUACCAAGAAUGUCAGCUGUAUGGUCGAUCAGGUCAACAAGGUGGUUGGACAGUUGGACAGUCUCUGGCGUAAGAAGCCUGGACAGAUGUGCGAUCGUUACUGGAUCAAGGAUACCACGGUUUGCAUGGGACCUGAUGCAGAAGCCAGUGGCAACUGUCCGGCAUUCCGUGCUGCUGAUGCGGCGGAGGUUGAUGGUGUCGGGGCGGUAAAGGUUCCAGUGUUGCCGGACGAGAAGCAGAAGAAGCACGACGCCGUGGUCAAGGAGCUUCAGCACCACGCCGAGGUUGCGGCCGGCAUUUCUCCCGGAAAGCCGGCGGCCGAGAAGAAGACCAAGGGUAAGAAGGGCACCAAGUUCAGAGCCUGAAGUGGGAAUGACUGAUUCCAGGUCCGAGAGGUGCGAUUGACCGGGCUUUUGCUGUGGGUUCAGUGUUGAGAAGUUGCG